GAUGACGCACAUACUUUCUCUUUAUAGUUUGCUUUAUGCAUGAGCGUGCACGUGUGUGUCCCCCAUUUAACGGUCAGUGUGCUCAGCCACAGCGCUGCCUGUUGUGUGUUUGUGCGUCUGUGCACUGUGUGCUUUGUUGCUAUGGUAACGCUCUCCGUGCUGUUUUUCAGUGCAGAAGUCUGGGGGGACGCAACUGAAGCUGGUGAUGUCAUUUCCCAACUAUGGACAAGCUAUGUUCAAGCCCAUGAAGCAGGAGAGAGAUGACGAAACCAACUACAACCUCUACUACUUCUCAGACUUUGAGAGACACAAUGCAGAAAUUGCAGCUUUUCACCUGGACAGGAUUUUGGGCUACAGGAGAGUCCCUCCUGUGGUUGGGAGGCUGGUGGACGUGGUCAAAGAGAUCAAAGACGUCACUACCGAUCGCAAGCUGGCCCGAACAUUUUUUACCUCCCCUGGUACUGCUACCACACUCCUCCUUUAUUCAUUUACCCUGCUCAAAAUAUCAACUAAUUAUGAAUCUCUUUGAAUAUACUUUCUUUCUUCUAAUUCUCACUAGUAACAACCACCCACAACC